UAACCUCGAUUCGACAUGAAUAGUGAGCAGGUCACUCUGGUGGGUCAAGUGUUGGAGUCCUAUGUUUCAGAGUACCAUAGAAACGAUAUUCUCCUCAUCUUGAAAGAAAGAGAUGAAGAUGCUCACUACCCAGUUGUGGUUAAUGCCAUGACCCUUUUCGAGACCAACAUGGAAAUUGGAGAUUAUUUCACCGUGUUCCCCAACGAAGUACUAACUGUUUUUGACAGUGCACUUCGAAGGUCAGCCUUGGCAAUUCUGCAGUCCCUUCCUGAGCCUCAGGGCUUUUCUAUGAAGCAGAAUCUUCACGCCAGGAUAUCAGGUUUGCCUGUUUGUCCUGAACUGGUAAGGGAACACAUCCCUAAAACCAAGGAUGUGGGACACUUUUUAUCUGUCACUGGGACAGUGAUUCGAACGAGUCUGGUGAAGGUCCUGGAGUUCGAGCGGGACUACAUGUGUAACAAAUGCAAGCAUGUGUUUGUGGUGACGGCUGACUUCGAGCAGUAUUACGCCUUCUGCCGGCCAUCUUCGUGCCCAAGCUUAGAGAACUGUGAUUCCUCAAAAUUCACCUGCCUCUCAGAUUUAUCUUCACAUCCCGCCAGAUGUCGUGAUUACCAGGAAAUCAAAAUUCAGGAGCAGGCACAAAGGCUGGCUGUUGGAAGUAUCCCACGAUCUAUGAAGGUUAUUCUGGAAGAUGACCUAGUAGACAGUUGCAAAUCUGGAGAUGACCUCACCAUCUAUGGGGUGGUAAUGCAACGGUGGAAACCCUUUCAGCGAGAUGUACGCUGUGAAGUGGAGAUUGUCUUGAAAUCCAACUAUGUCCAAGUGAAUAAUGAGCAGUCCUCAGGGAUAGUCAUGGAUGAGGAUGCUCGAAAAGAAUUUGAAGAAUUCUGGGAAUACUAUAAGAGUGACCCCUUUGCAGGGAGGAAUGAAAUAUUGGCCAGCUUGUGUCCGCAAGUGUUCGGCAUGUAUGUAGUAAAGCUUGCCGUGGCCAUGGUACUGGCUGGCGGAACCCAAAGAACUGAUGCUGCAGGAACAAGGGUCAGAGGUGAAUCUCACCUUUUAUUGGUUGGGGAUCCUGGCACAGGGAAAUCGCAAUUCCUCAAAUAUGCAGCAAAGAUUACACCAAGGUCUGUUCUGACCACAGGAAUUGGAUCUACUAGUGCAGGGCUGACAGUAACAGCUGUAAAAGACUCAGGAGAAUGGAAUUUGGAGGCUGGGGCCUUGGUGCUUGCAGAUGCCGGCCUUUGCUGUAUUGACGAGUUUAACAGCCUCAAAGAGCAUGACAGAACCAGCAUCCAUGAAGCAAUGGAGCAACAAACCAUAAGUGUUGCCAAGGCUGGCCUUGUUUGUAAGCUGAACACAAGGACCACCAUCCUGGCAGCAACUAACCCCAAAGGCCAGUACGACCCCCAGGAGUCCGUGUCUGUGAACAUCGCCCUCGGCAGCCCACUCUUAAGUCGUUUUGACCUCAUCCUGGUUUUGCUCGACACUAGGAAUGAAGACUGGGAUCGUAUAAUUUCUUCCUUUAUCUUAGAAAAUAAAGGUUAUCCAAGUAAAUCAGAGAAUCUGUGGAGCAUGGAGAAGAUGAAAACCUACUUCUGCCUCAUUAGGAAUCUCCAGCCAACACUGUCUGACGGGAGCAAUCAAGUACUUCUCCGCUACUAUCAAAUGCAAAGGCAGAGUGAUUCCCGGAAUGCAGCGCGAACUACCAUCCGCCUGUUGGAAAGCUUGAUCCGAUUAGCAGAAGCGCAUGCUCGCCUGAUGUUUCGCAAUACCGUGACUCUGGAAGACGCUAUUACAGUGGUAUCAGUGAUGGAGUCCUCGAUGCAGGGAGGUGCGCUGCUAGGAGGUGUGAAUGCUCUUCACACCUCCUUCCCUGAAAGCCCACUGGCACAGUACCAGAGGCAGUGUGAACUUAUUCUGGAAAAGCUGGGACUCCAGAGCCUCUUGCAGGAAGAGCUUAGAAGACUUGAAAGGUUACAGAUUGACAGUGUACACCAAUGCCAGCCACAGUCACUAGAGGUAGAGGCAGUUCCAAGUUCCUUGGGAAAGGAUCCAAGGGACAAGCUAGGGCUCGAGACUGCAGCACAGCGGGGACAGAGCUGUAGCUGGCAUGACUCCUCCCCAGCUGUGAGUCCCACGGAAAGAACUAAUGGUGACUCCCCACCUGGUCCUGGACUUACUGACCACUCUUCUGAGCACAGAAGUGACAGACGUGAUGGUUUAGACUGGCUUGACCGCAUGGCAACUCCUGAGAUUGAACCAGAAAGCACUGUUGUGUCUCCUGAUAUGAAAACAACUGAGGAAAAUGUGGCUUUGAAAAUCUCCAACAGUAAAUCUCAGGGCAAGGAGAAAAAUUGGCCAGGGCAAAGGAGCAAAUUAUUAGAAGCUGGGCAUCUUCCACCAUCGGGAGCCACAGAUGCUCCCUUAAGGUCACACAGUGUCACGAAUACAAAGGCAGCACAGGCAGCAGUUGUGUCUGAACUGUCAGGACAGGAUGAGGAACUGGACUCUGGGCUGACUCGAGUGGCCCACAGACUCCCCCGGCUACCAAAGAAGGGGUCUCAGGGCUUGUGCACAAGUACAACCAGAGUGCGACCACUGCCACCCACAGCCCCCUUGACUCCGUCCAUUCCUUCUCCCGGACCAGAAAAAAUAACAGGGAUGCCCAAAACAAAGAGAAAGAAAGCUGCUCAGGUAGGAGAGCCUGAACUUGAAAGUGUUGAGACUACACAUGCUCCAGUGGCGAAGCUGGCCAGAUUCACAUUUAAACACAAGACAAAGCUGAUCCACCCCCCUGAGGGCCACAACCCUGUGCCUCCCAGUUCUCCAAAAACAGCAGUCGACGGUUCUAAAACCCCCCGGCAAAGUUCAAGAAGAGAAGCAGCUGUGCCUGUGGAAGGCCCAGGAAAGUUGACAUCUACCUCAGGAGGCAGAUGCUCCAGCCAGCUGCAGAGCAAGACAAAGGGGCUCUCAAGGCAGCCUCCAGAGAGUGAAGGACCAAGGGAGGAGCAGGAGCAGGGCCCUGAAAGACGGCUUGUUCAGCCCAAGCUGGAGCCUGGGAAGCAGCCUGGGCGGUCUCAUCUAGGCAGUGAGAAAGACAGAAAGGAAGGGGUUCCCUGCAGUAAUAGAGGCCGCAGGGUCCAUGCUGGCACGCUGGCCAGACUGGCAAACUUCUCCUUCACUUCCCCUCCAGAAUCCAAAUCAGAAUCCCUCCCUCCUGAGAGGAAGGACCUCGGGGACAGAAGCCGCAGCCCUCCUGCAGCCAAGGCUCUGCUGCUCAGCGGGCAAAGGCAGUCUUUUCAGCUGCAGCAGCCCUCUGAGCGAGCGAAUGUUUCCACACACUCCCUCUUUGCUCUGUCAGAACUGGAUGAUGAGGCAUUAGACUUUGACUGGGAUGAAGAGAUGAGAAAAAAGCCAUGAUUGUGGAAAGCUUUGUGG